AUGGUCACAACACGGCGGCGGAAGAUUUCCGAUAUUGUUCCCAAAGAGGAACCUGAGAUCAAUGGACAGCAGGAGGUGAAUGGGAGGCGCAAAUCCGGGCCAGCCGGCUCCGGGAAGAUGGAAACUCAGCGCAAUAAACGGAGAAAGCGAGCCAGUCUUGAAGCCGCAGAAGGCGAGAGCGGGACUCCAGAAGAGCCUUCAGAAGAUACCCAGGAAACGGAUUCCAAGCAAGAGGAAGAGAAAUCGGCACCUGCUCCGAAGAAGCACUUCAGAUUCGACAGCGAAGAACCUGAAGUACCGUUAGAUACGCAGAUAGAGGAAACAGCAGAGACGCAACAGGCAAAGGAGGACAGCGGCGAUGACAGUAGUGAUGAUGAUGAAGCUCCGGAAGCGGUUGAUAACUCGGCGCAGUUAUCCAAGGUUAAAGCGCAGGCUAAGAAAAUGGAACAGGCCAAACAAUUGGAAGAAGAGUUGAAGCGCGAGAAGAGAAGGCAAUUGGAUGAGCUGCGUAAAUCACAAGCGAAAGUUUCGAAAAAGAAAGAUAAGCCCGUUGAUGAUCUGCUAUCCGAAAGCACGGUGACACUCCAGGGCUCUAAUACACAAGAUGCACGGCGAUCGGCUCUCCCAGCACUUCUUCCAGACGAUAUUUUGAAUGCAGCUCCUGUUACACGACCGCCUACUCCACCCGCAGAAGGAAUAAACAUAGCCCACAAGAAGCCGACCAAGUUUAGAUUCCUCGAAAAGUCCGAGAAGCGCCCCAAGGAUGUGAAAAUGGGCGAUGUGACGAUUCGAGUAUUGGGUGACAUUCCACAGAAGAAAGCCAAAUCGGCUCUACCCCCCAAGGCCUCGAAAUCCGGCCGGAUUAGCAAACAGACUUGGCUCGAUCGGAGUCGCAGUACUGGACAUGUCAAUGGUCUGAGAAGGACAGCCGGCGGUUCCUCUGGAUUUGUACGCAAGUAA